AUGUUGUUCACAGUUCUGUCAUGCCUCCUGGCGGCUCUUCUAGCCUUUGUUAUGUCAUGUCGCUCUUCUCGAAGUCAGGAGAAAGAGAAACCUCUCCCUCCGGGCCCGCCGAAGCUUCCUGUGAUUGGCAAUCUUCAUCAGGUUCCUCGAUUACGGUUCUGGGAAACCAUGGCGGACUUUGUUGAUCGGCACGGACCGAUCGUCAGUGUGAAACUGGGGCAGCAGCAGCUCAUUAUCCUGGGAAACCAAAAAGUUGCCCGAUAUCUUCUUGAUCGCAAGAAUACCAAAUACAACUCCCGGCCCCAUUUCAGAGUGGCAGAGAGGGCUUGGCUCGGGCCAAUGGUGGCUCUCAUGCCUUACGGUCCAGAAUGGCGUGUUUACCACCUGAUGCAGGUAGCUGUCUUGAGCUCUCGUGCGGUUCGCCUCUACGACAAGAUCUUCAGUAUGGAAACCACCCAGCUGCUGCAUGACCUACUCUCUACCAGCGACUAUCAACCUCGAAUCCGCCGCUAUUCGUCCGGCCUCGCUUAUGCGGUGGCAUAUGGCAUGCGAAUGCCUCGUGGGGAUGAGUUGGAAAUUCAGGAGAUUCAAGAGAUUACCUCUAAAUUUUUUAUCGCCGCGCAGCCAGGGUACUGGUCGGUAGACAACUUUCCCUUCUUACGAUAUCUUCCCGGUUUUCUGGCUCCGUGGAAGCCGUUUGCAGCCCAUGUCAAUCAGCUGAUUUCUGAUGUAUUGGAAAGAGCAUACAGUAAUGCGCUGGAACGAAACUCUUGGAGCUGGGCUCGAGUACUCGCUGAGCAAGAGAGCCUGAAAGCAGUUCCAAAGAGCUCACUGGCCCUUGUUGUUGGCGAGCUCUAUGCGGCCGCCCAUUUCUCGUCCUCCAACUUACUGGUUACAUUGAUACAAUUGAUACUCUACCACCCAGAAGAGGCCCAAAGGGCCCAGAAAGAGCUGGAUAGCAUGGUUGGAGCACAGCGGCUGCCCCGAAUAGCCGAUCUGGAGAACAUGCCGUAUGUCAGAGCUUUUGUCCGCGAAACCCUUCGAUGGUUGCCGAGCUCCGGAGUCCCUCACGCCAGUACAGAGGAUGAUGAGUACAUGGGGUACAGGAUCCCACGGGGCUCCAUGGUUGUCCCCCAUUAUUGGUUCGUGGAUAUGGAUUCAAACGUAUAUAUGGAUCCUCUCAAAUUUCGGCCCGAACGAUUUCUCAAUGACCCCAAGCUGCCGCUGAGAACCUUCGGUUUUGGCAGUCGCAUCUGCACUGGCCAAUACUUUGCCCAACAUUCUUUCUCCAUGGUCAUCAUGCGACUCCUAUGGGCGUACCACAUUCGAUUUCCGGAUUAUGUCGAUACGAAAGCGGAGCCGAUUGGGCACCUUGACUCGCGAAUCUUUACGCCGAACGAAAAACCCACCGAAGUCGUCUUCACGCCCCGCUCCCAUGCUCACAGAAAGGUCAUUGAACAGGCAUAUGCGAGUCUGGACAGCGUUGACGAUGCUCUCAAAUCCCUUCAGAGUAUUGAAGUGAACACCCCGAAGAAUUUCUAG